AUGAGAAGCAGAAUCUGGAGCGCCGGAGUAGCCGCGUUGGCGACGUUGUGGUCGGCGCAGGCUGUCAUAAUCGAUGAAGCGACCUUUAAGUACUAUGGCGGCGACGUGAUGGACGUGGCGAAUAGCAUUAAGACGCAUAAUGCAGAGCUUCGCGUGUCCAGCUACGAAACGCCGUGGCUCGUGGUCGGCGACAUCGGUGGCUGCACCGCGACAUGGCUCGGUGAUAAUGGUGACUGGAGUUACGUGCUGACGGCCGCACAUUGCGUUAACUAUCAAGGAAUCGAGACGGCCGUGGACAGGACUUUCACAGCGUCCGGGGGGCGCGUUAUUGCAUCGGGCCUGGGCAGCGCCUAUGUGCCGCCGCAGCGUAUAGAAAGACCACCGGGGAUGGGCGGUGCAUCGACUGAUAUCGCAAUCCUGAAGUUGCCCAUGCGUAACCCGAUACUCGACGAGACUGGUAAGCAGGUCGAUCGGCCGAUCUUGAACGAUGCACAGGACGAGAGAAGCCGCGAUGUAAUUUUCGUCGGUUACGGAACCUGGGGCGUCGGCACAAAUGUCAGCGGGGCGUAUUGGCCGUCAGAGGGUGAGCGUCGGCUGUACGGGCGGAGCCGGAUUGACAGCAUUUUCGAGCUCGAUUAUGGAAUCGGUGCAAGCUACCAACCAGUUGGACCAUCGUCAUUCUGGGCGCGAGUGGCGCCAGGCGACAGCGGGUCAGCCUGGUGGCAGGUUAGGGACGACAAGCCAGUUAUCAUUGCAACGACCAAUGGCAUGGGCGUCUCUUCUUCGACCGGCGCGCGAGUAUCAAAGUAUGUGGACUGGAUCAAGUCUAUCUAUCCGGAUGCGCUGUUCAUAUCGGCCGAGCAGUCAAUUCCUUGA